AUGUUUACGACACCUUAUCGUGAAAUGCCGGGCUCUGUAACGCUCAAAUCAAGGAUACCUAUGGAAUACAGUCGAGCUGUAUUAACGAAUAUUUGGCAUCAAAAACGUGAAGCAGAACCAAAAGAUAAUGAUUUGAACACACUUCCAGUUCGCAAUAUGCAUAUAGCAACAUAUAACCAUAUUGCUGCCGAUGUACAGACAACGAUACCAAAUUCAACAGCUAAGGAUCAACAAGAGCAACCGUUUCUAGAACGACCCUGGUAUCUUGAACAUGAAUACCCACGAAAAAUGAUAGAUCGUUCAAACAUAAAUGUGGCCAAUGCGGCUCUAGAUGGACUACUUAACCGAGUAGAUCCACAAUUAAAACGUAAUGUGUUGCCAUCACGAAAUUCUGCUGAACAUGAACAAGCAAAAUUGGAAACGACAUACCAUGCUGAUUUUCCACCACCAUUUCCAUACGAAAUGAAAACUGUUGCUCAUUCGGACUAUGCUGAUAAGAGUUAUCCAAAAUAUCCUGAUAAAUCAUGGGCAUAUAGAAAAAUGGUUUCACAUUUUACAGACUUAGAUAAACCAAAACGAACUGGCAUUAAUACAUUUCAUGUUCAACACGCUCAAUAUGAAAAUGAACAAUUGCGCAGAGAUUUCGGUCAUUUUAAACCUUCUCAAUUUCAGUGA